ACAUAUUUGACCAUCAAGCUGGGCCAUUUCUGGCCCUCGACCCGGCUGGGCCCAUGGCCUGCCUGAUCCAUCCGCUGGACGAAAAAAAGACCCACGACCAGGAGUCGAGCUAGCUAGUAGGACUGUAGGAAUUUGGCCCUUUGGCAACAGCCUCCUCGUCCUCCUCGUCCUCCUCGUCCUCUUCGUCCUCGUCGUCUUGAUCCUGGCCUUGAGUGAUCCCUUUGACCGUGGCGAGUAGGGUGGAUCCGUGCCUGGUAGCCGCACACGCCCGUAUCAUCCUCGAGCGGCGUCCAUCCAUCCGUGGAUCGCCUGGAGGAUGUUCGCGUGGGGCGAUGAUGUGGAGCGAAGCUCCUAUGAAGACUCGGAGGCCUUUGAAGAGGAUUCGAAUUGCUCGUGGUUUUCCGAACCCGAGUCCGUGCUAAACAACUGGCGAGGCUGGCGCAAACAGAGCACCUCGCAACCGCCUCCGCCGCCCUCGACCCUGGGUCUGGUCACACCGGCUUUGGGCCUGGGAACGGCGGGCGGAGGGGCCGGAGGGGCUCACCAUCACGGGUCUUCAUCGGUGGGGACGGUGACGGCGGGCGCCACUUUGGGCGGCUACGGCCGUGAUUUGGGCCCGGUUUCCUUGCCACCGGCUUUUCACCGAGGUACCUCGGGUUAUGGCACGCCAAUUCUAUCUCUGACGGAGUUAUCAGCGCGAGAGGUGGCCUCAUCCAUCCCGUUCGAAUUGGUCGAGGUCUAUCAUCCGCCCGUGCCUGAGCAGCUUCAGUUACGGAUCGCAUUCUGGAGCUUCCCCGAUCAGGAGGAGGACAUUCGUCUGUACUCGUGCCUGGCCAAUGGCAACUCGGACGAGUUCCAGAAAGGCGAGAACCUCUUCAAGACCAGAUCAGUCAAGGACCCACUUCAAAUCGGAUUCCAUCUCUCGGCUACCAUCGAGCCAAGCACAGGCAAGGCUAGCCAGAACACGUCGGUCACCUUCGACCGCAAGAAGAUCGUGUCAUGCCAGUGUAGUUGCAACUCAGCAGCUCAGUGGUGUUCGCACGUGGUGGCACUUGCGCUGCACAGGAUCCACCAGUUCCCUUCAGUGAGGCUGCGGGCGCCGGUGAGCGAGUCGCUCUCGCGUUUGGAGCGCGAUCAACUACGCAAGUUCGCCCAGUACCUCAUUGCCAAAUUACCCGAGCAGAUCCUGCCAGUGGCUCAAAACAUCCUGGAUGAUCUCCUUUCGCAAGCUCAAACUGAUAUCAACACUGUCCAAGGAGCGCCGGAUCCAACUUUGGGUGGAGCCACUGGAGAACAAGCCGCCUGGUGCUUGGAUGCCAAGAACCUCAAGGACAACAUCAAGAAGAUCCUCAUCAAGUUCUGCGUGCCAGCUCCUAUCGUGUUCAGCGACGUGAAUUGUCUCUCGAACUCGGCUCCACCCUCGGCCUCGGAAUGGUGCAGCUAUUUGCGACCUCUUCGGGGUCGAGAACCCGAGGGCAUGUGGAACCUUCUCUCCAUUGUGCGUGAGAUGUACCGGCGCAACGACCGCAACGGGAUCCCUCUGCUCGAGAUCGUGACCACGCAAUGUCUCGAAACUGCCCAAAUCAUGGUUUGGUGGUUCAACAUGAAGGUGGCUCUCCAACAGAAAUCCCACGGCAAGCACAACGUCAACUCAAACUCGCAGGUCUCGCAGAAUGCGUGCUCCUCCUUGUGUGAUGAGAUUGUGACGCUGUGGAAGCUGGCCGCCCUUAACCCUUGUAUUUCGCCCAUGGAGAGAGAAAUCCUGAGAAAAAGACUGAUCCAAUACCACCUCACGGUUGUGGAGAAGGUGCGGGCCAACCAGAGCACAAGCACCACCUCCAAUGGGGGUGGCGGGGGACCUCCGCGUCAUACCAAUAACAAUGGAGUGGCGUCCGGUGGGGGGUCGCAGUCCUCCAAGCGCCCUUCAGACAUAGAGUUGUUCCCCGGGUUCAAGCCGGCCAUUGAGGCGUGCUCGCUCAACUGGGACGAAUACUCGAUCCCCGGGGUGACCUACGGUCUCAAUGCCCACUACCUGAGCCCCUUUGCCGUGUUCAAGCUCAAGCAGGAUGAGGGUGAAGGUGAGGGUCAGGUCAAUUCUUCACAAGCGGUGCUGCGGUGCGAAUACCCUUCGCGACCAAGGAGCGGCCCGCAGCCCCUUCCCCCAGAGAAUAACCCCUUGAACAGCGAGGAAAACGUGUCGGAUGAAGGUGUGGUCAAUGACCCUCCCCUGUUUCCCUUGCCUAGUUCCUCCUCCGCAGAGGACUUCGAUAAGACUGAAGGCGCCCGGGACUCCUCGGGCAAUGAAUCAUCUCCCGAGCGCGAGGACGGUCCCAAGGGGCUCAAACUUGUCCCUGGCUCACCAGAUGAGGAAGACAAAGAGGAGGAAGGGGCGGAGAAUGCGUCCCAUUCUAUGCAUAAUAAUACUAGUAACGAUAAUAACAAUUCCGAUAAUCAUCAUCAUCACCACCAACUUCACCUGCAGCAACAGCCCAACUCUAGUAAUAAUAGCCACAACCAUCAGGAGAACGAACAGUACCAGGUCUACUUUUAUGACCCCAAGUUACCUGUCAAGAUGAUCUCAAGCGCUCCUGGUGCCGCCGACCAAGCGGGUACCCACCCCAAUGGCACCCCCCUCUCCCCGGUGGUAGAUGUGUUCAGGAACCUUAGGCCCAAGAUUGAGGACCCGUGGGAGGUGCUCUAUAUGCGAGCGGAGGGCAUCCACGCCCACGGAUACCAAUCAGAGGCUUGCAAGAUGGCCGUCCAUCUGGCUCAUGACUUGCUCAAGCAUCCACCCGAUCUUCUCUUGGAGAGCAACGCCCUCUCCAAUCAUCACAACAACAACAACAACAAAAAUAAUACUACUAAUAAUAAUAAUAAAAACAACAACAACAACAACGCAUCCCACUCUUCUACACCCAACGCAUCUUCGUCUGCUUCUUUGUCAGUAUCUUCAACACCAACCACAGCGUCCUCAGUUACCUCGACGGUUGGUAGUGGAAUGGCGCCAAGUACGACGAACACGGGCAACAAUAAUAAUGGUAGUAAUUGCCCGGGAAUUUCCAAUCCACCUUCGAGUAACACUGGCACAGUUCCCAAACCCAAGGGCAAGAAUAGGAAACGCGUUUCCGCAGGAAGUCACCAGAUCACGCACACAGCUUCGACCACUUUGGCUCAUUGUGCCUUUCUAUGCACGGUUCUGGCCGAAAAUACCCAAUAUUAUCAUCUAGCCUUUCAAAUCGGCCUUUUCGGAUUGGAGAUGGCUCGACCUCCGGCGACCACGAAGCCCAUGGAGGUGAAGCUAGCCCAUCAAGAGUCCGAACUGGUAAACCUUCUCAAGAAGAUCCCAUUAGGGAGAGGUGAGAUGGGCAUCAUUAGGGAGAGAGCCUACCAAUUGAAAGAGGGAAUCCUCAGGAAUCGAGGAGAGGCCCUUUUACCCCUCAUGUUGGCCAGCUACAUUUUUGAAAGCCUCGUGGUCAACGCAGAAAGACCCGACGAGCAAGAUGAAAACCUGGGGUUUGAAGCUUCGGUGGCUGCAAUUGGAUUGAAGGCCAAUAUCUGUGAGGCAGAUCAUCCCCUCUUGUGUGAGGGCACCAGGAGGCAGCGAGGGGAUCUAGCCAUCCUUUUGCUCACCCACUACAAGGACGAUCCCACCCGGUUGGCUCAAAUCAUGGAGCAGUUGUUGGAUAAGGAGAUGAACCCCUUGUUCAAAUCGCCGAUCAUUCCUGCGGCUUAUUACAUAAAUGGACGCAGUGUCAACAAUGGGCAACAGCCCACCCAGCCCCCGGCUAGAUCUUUGGUAGACCAACUAGCACAAAUGGCUUUAGCCGUGCCGCCCACAGUGAACAGGCGGAGGAGCGUCCAACACCCUGAGGCCCAGCGCAACCCUGGUGUCAACCCUGCCCCACAUUUACCUCCAGCAAAUGGGGGCUUUGAGUCGUGGGCAUCAUGGGAAAACAAUUUGCAAGCCAAUCAAGAGCGCCUGGGCGAAUGGUCCCAUCCAGCUGGAGCGGUUGGUUCCUCGCCCUCUGGUGCCCGUGCUCUGGAGCCUUCAUCUUCCGAGAAUUCCGUGGCUCGAGGACCGGCUCUCCGGCUUCACCAUCAUCGGGCAGGGCCGGGGUCGGAGUCUAGUUCCUCUGGAAACUCCUCGGCGGACUCCAUUGAUUCCUCAGGAUCCUCUUUUAGACAGCCGCCCAUGACAUCCCAACCCCCACAUGCUCUGGCCAACAAAUUGGGGGCCGGGAACAAGAAUGCACCCUUGAUGGGCGCUGCGCCUGGAAGCGUGGACAAUGUUUGUGGAAAUGGCUUGCCCUUGCCGCAACCUCCUCCACCCGCAGGUUUGUCUGGGUCGGCCUCGGCUCCUCUGAUUCAGGGCACACCUCGGCCUCCCUUGUUGAGUGUGUCCUCGGCCAAUAACGUCCUGACCCCUUCAAGUAGUUCCAACGGACUAGUCAUGCAACCCCAGGUCAACAUGAAUCGAAAUGGGGGCAUGUCCAAGGGGAGUCGUUUCAAGGGAAAACGUGCCUACCCCUCCAUUCCCAACCAACCCUCGGAAGCAUCUGCCCAUUUCAUGUUUGAACUAGCUAAGACCGUCUUGAACAAGGCCGGGGGCACCUCCACCACGUCACUAUUCACCCAGGCUAACCAGAACAUUCGCGGCCCUCACAAGGCCUUGCACAUGUGUGCAUUCCAGAUCGGCUUGUUUGCCUUGGGCCUGAGCAACAUGGUCACGGCCAACUGGCUCAGUCGGACGUAUUCCGGGAACGUUUCUUGGAUCACCAGUCAAGCCCUGGAGCUGGGCUGUUCAGCGCUGAACUUCCUCAUGAACACGUGGGAAGGUCAUUUUUCACCCACCGAAGUGGCCAGUUUGGCUGACAAGGCCUCCAAGAGUCGAGACAAUACAAUGGUGCGUGCGGGCGCCGAGCUGGCUCUCUCCGUUUGUCACCACGCCGGUGCCCUUAACCCGACUGAGACUCAGAGGGCCAUCGAACAGUGCAACGAGCAAAGCGUUCAAAUGCUCGAAAAGGCCUGUCUGGCUGUCGAAAAGGCGUCUGCUAGUGGUGGUGUGCCACCCGAAGUCAUUUUUGAAGUGGCACGCCACUGGUUCCGCCUCUACGACAAGCAGGCCCCUGGCAAUGACGAAGGUGAAGGUCAACAACAUCAGCAACCCGUAAUCAUGUCCCAGCAACAGCAACAGGAAACCCUGGUGGCUGCCAACCUCAUUCAGAGUCUGAAUCAUGCGGCUGCAUUCCCUCAGAUGUCAAUGGCGCCCCCGUCUCUUCAAGUCAGUCUCCCGUUUCCCAUCUACAGCCUCGUGCCCGGGUUCCCCUCCAACCAGAAUCCCCAGUCCCAGUUCAUGUUCGUGGCGCCCCCACCCCAGAACAAUGGCGCAGUGGGUCUGCAACUCCAAGCGGCCGGUUUGGCUGCCCAAGCUAAUGGAGCCCAAUACUUGGCCAACCAAGUGUACCCGCCUGUCAGCGGGGUAUCCAAUCAGCAAAGGUUCAAUCUCACUGGAGGACCUAUUUUCCAAUUGGGCCUGGCCGCUGCGCCCCUUCUCCCCAAUCCUCCACCCACAAACCACUUACAAGCAGUCCACGCCGCCGCGGCUGCCCAUCAACAACAAGCGGUGGCGCUACUCGCACAGGCUGCCCAACCUCCCCCGGUUCAAGCCCCUAUGGUUCAACACCCCAAUCAAGGUGGUCAAGCCCAAGGCAAUGGAACCGCCCCAGGGGCCAAUGGUCAGCGAUACCUCUUUGCCACCUACAGGGUGGGUAUGUUGGCUUUAGAGCAUCUAGGUCGCAAGAUCAGUGAAGAAAGGCCUCAGCUCAAGUUUGCGAAGAACCCUAGUUACGAGGAGGAUGUGAAGUGGUUACUGCAGAUUGCCAAGAAGCUUGGUCUGCCCUAUUUAGAGAAAUUUCUUGUUUUUGUCAUAAGUACAAUUUUGUCCCCCUUUCUGUUGCACGACCUGUUAUGGGAAUGUGCCAAGAUUCUAGCGCAAAACGGUUUCCAUCAGAACAAUAUUCAGUAUUCCACGGUGAUCCACCACAUCCAAACUCAACCCCACCUAAGCCAAUUGCUGACACGUUGUUGCAACAUGUACUACCAAUGUCUGCAUUUGAGACUCUUCCACGUGGCUCCUGCAGACUAUGACGACUUUGUUAAAAGUCUUUUGCGGGCCAAGCAGGCCUUUAGCUGGAUUGCCGAUGGGGGAAAUGCCUACAACUCCCUGCUUCAAAGUAUCCGGAGAUCGAAGACUUGUAAGCGAGAGUUGUGGCAUAAGAUCUCUGAUGCUCAGAACCAGCAAAGUGGAUUGGAGCCGCCGAUGUAGCAUGUUCUACCAUUUUAGUUUGUCUGUCGGUUUUUUUCCCCAUCCUUGAUAAUGAAUUCAGGAUCCAGCGGCGAGAUCACAGUUCCCAUAGUAUCACCCUUUAGCAAAAGACAGUUUCAAAACUUAGUUCAACUUAGUAUUUACAUGACCCACCAUCCCAACAAAGCACAUCACCACCUUUUGAAACUGUACAUAACUCGGAUAAUGACAUACUCUCCUUUGUUUCUUCAUUGUAUAGCCUAAAUAAUAUGAGAAUUAUUACUUGUACUCUCUAAAUCUACCAUGAUACAUCUUCUAUCAACAUGAAUAUAUACACCCAUACACAUGAUUAUCAUACUUGUACGCUAAAAUUGUAAGUUCAGUAUCAUAUACAUUUAUGAUGGUAAUAAAUGACAUGUCUUUUCCAA